UGGCCGGGCGCGUCGCGGCGCGGCAUCAGAAGUCCGUCUGCAGCGCGCGGGGAGGGCCGCGCCGCUCUGCAGCUCCUCGCCCCAGCCACGCGGCCAUGGAGGACUCUGCGCUGUGGACCAAGAUCAUCUGUCUGGUGCUGUUCGGGGUCAUAUCGCUGGCAUGCGGUCUGGUGCCGCUGGUCGCCAGCCGAGCGGCGCGCCGCUGGCGCCGCAGCCGCGCCGGCAAGACAGAGGUGCGUGUGAAGGAGCGUCUGCGUCUGGUGCUCUCGUGCGUGCUGUGUCUCGGCGGCGGUGUGCUCCUCGGUACGGUGUUCACGCACAUGCUGCCUGAGAUCCGCGAGAUUUUCGAGGAGAUCGAGAGUGCCGACCUGCUGCCGGGAAUGCACUCUCCGGCUGGCGAGAUCUUCAUCUGCGUCGGCUUCUUCCUGGUGUACCUGGUGGAGGAGCUGGUGCACGCCUGUCUGGCCGGCCGCGCCUCGGCCAAGAAGCGGCGUGACGUGGCGCCGGCGCCGGUGGUCAGCUCGCCGUCCGCCGUGGUGGUGGAGGUGCACGGCGACCGGGACGCCAUGUCCUGGCACGAGAAGUACGCCGAGCCGCCGCCGGUGACGGCCGCCGUGACCGAGGCCGCCGCCGAGCUGUCCGAGCACGGACACCACCACGGCGGCGCCGCCGGACACGACCACGGCGCGGUGGUGGCCACGCUGCACGCGCUCCGCGCCUACAUCGUCAUAGUGGCGCUGUCCGUGCACUCGGUGUUCGAGGGCUUCGCCGUGGCGUUCGAGACCACCAGUCGUGACGUGUGGGUGCUGUUCGCCGCCAUCGCCACGCACAAGGCGAUCGUCGCCUUCUGCCUCGGCGAGCAGCUGCUUGCCACCAAGCGGUCGGCGUGUUUCGUCGUGACCAACAUGCUGAUUCUCUCCGCGGCCUCGCCUCUGGGAGUGACCGUCGGCCUGGCUGUGGAGCAGCUGGACCAGGAUGAGGGCUCCAGGCUGCUGGCCACUGGACUCCUGCAGGCCCUGGCCGCCGGAACCAUCCUCUACGUCGUCUUCUUCGAGAUCCUGGCUCCCGAGCGUCAGAAGCACGGCGCCGGCCUGUUCAAAUUCCUUGCCGUCGUCGCUGGGUUCUCGCUGAUCGUGCUGAUGCACAGCUCCGGAGCCGGUCAUUCGCACGGCGGCCACGGACAGACGCUGCUGGCCGGCGGUCACGGGCACGGGCACGGCGGUCACAGCGAGGCGCACGGUCACGAGCACGGCGGCCACGAGCACGAGCAUGACCACCGCGCGACCGAGUCGGUCAACUCUGACUACCUGCUGCGGGUGCCGAACGAGUCGGGUCACGUGUACAACACUGUGCGCUACAUCAAAUCCUUCAACCGCCAGGAGCCGCCGACUGUCACCGCGGGCGACAUCGUGGCUGGAAUGAGGAGCAUUGUGGAGGAUCUCGGCAUUGACCAUGAUCACGGCGAGCUCGACGAUGAACAUCACGGUGCCGUUGGCGGGGAGACGAGUGAAGACUCGCCAGGUGGUAAGGACUCUGGCAGGAGGAAAGCUAAGCCACAACACGAUGAUCAUACAGAUGGACACGGGGACCACGAAGAGCACGAUCACGACGAACACGAUCAUCACGACCACGAAGAGCAUGAUCACGAAACGUCCGGCAGCGGAAGCAGCGGCUCUCACUCGGCGUCCGAGGAGGCCGGAGACGCGCACCACCACGACCAUGACCAGUUUAUGAGGACGGUCGCUGACCUGGCAGGCCACCUCGCUGGACUGGAUCGUCGAGCGGUGGAUCGCACCGUCACCCUCAUCGACACCCUGGACCUGAUAGCCAUGCAGAAGACUGACAGGAAGGGGAAAAGCCGAGCGAAGGGCGCUGGCAGCUCGUCUGGUGUCGGGAGAAACCACGAUCACGAGCAAGAGCACGACCAUGAUCAUGACAAUGGUCACGAGCACGAGCACGAUCACGAUCACGAUCACGAUCACGGCUCGGUUGAAGGCGGGCAGUUGUCGCCGAGUUCCACCGCUCCAUCAGCUCGGUCAAUGGCAAAGGGAGGUGAUCCGAACAGGGACGAGUCGGGCCGGGUCGAGCCAGGCCAGGACGAGUCGCGCCGGUGGUUGCACGCGGCCCACUUUGGCGAGCCGAUCGACGGCCACGUGCAGUUUGUGCUGCAGGAACCCGUCACUCAGCCGGAUCCGGCGCGUGACUCAGAGUCGGCAGCGACGACCAGCUCCAACACCGGCACCAGCGAGGCGGGAGAACAUCAGCAGGAGCUGGACGCGAGGAGGGAGCUGGAUGCAUUGGAGGAGGUGAGGUUCCAUAGCCGCGCGAGAGAGUAAAACUGUCCAAGGAUGGCGUCACGAUCGCUCAACCCUGAGUAUUCCGGUGCUGUUACGAAAAGAGUGCUUUAGCGUGCCUUAGAGUCAGAGUAACAUUAUUCAGUGUGCUAGCGCACCGUGUUUUGUCCAUAUUUGACCAUUAAAGCGCUUGAUGGUAGAUGGAGUGGGAUACGCAUGAUGUAGAUGUAAAGUGCUGAGGUACAAAGAGGUGCUUCCGUGCUCAUAAGUGCCAGUGUGCGUACGUUUUGUGUUGCGCGAUGUAACUGGGUGGAAACGGUGUGCAGUAAUUUCUCAUUUUUGUGUCACGUUUGUGGUGAGUGAUUAGGCUGGUUGAGCACAAUCUUUUUAAAGGUCUCACGUAAGAGUUCUGAGCUGUAAAACUGAAUGUUAAAAUCGUUACAAAAAAAAAACAGCUAACCCCCUCUGGUGACCUCAACCUAUCAAAGUGUACCUAAUUCGUCCCAGUUAUAGUUGUCAAUCAUACUUACAGCGCCAGAUUCGUUGAGCACGUUCCGGAAACGUAUCAUAGAUCUGGCGCUCCCGCUACCAAGUAAUCUUGCCGCUACCCACCCGUGCACUGCCUGAACCGGCCGGGCAGCGCUCAGUUCAGUUCAGCCCUCGCCCCGGUCCCGGUUCGCCACCGGACGUAACCACUCGGCCGGUCGGGGCAUUCCGGCGCACGCUCUCUCCCCGGCCCUCUCUCCCGGCCCGAUACUCUCCCCUCUGGCCCUCUCUCCCCGCCCCAUACUCUCCCCUCUGGCCCUCUCUCUCCGCCUGAUACCCACCCCUCCCCUCUGCCAGCCUGAGCGUGCCUUCGAACCGUUCGGUUCGGCGCGGUGGGACGUGACGUAAGAGUCUGGUAUUGUGUUUCAGUGCUGUAUAUACCCACUGCAUAUAGCUGUGAUAUAGGAAUGGUUGGGAGAUGUGGCGGCGUUAGAUGUCAAAACCUCUAUGGGCUGCAGAAUUCGAGCUAAUAUAGCUCCCGAAUUCAAGUGGUUAACAGGCCUUUGAUAAUUUCCCGCAAUACGUAGUGUUUUGCAGUGUUACAUUUAGAUGUUUACUGCGGGACCGUGGACAUGUUCAUAGUGUCCGCUUUGAUUAAUUAUUUUUGAUUGUUUUGGGGGUUUUAUAUAUGCGCUGAUGAUGAAUACAUAUCGUUUCCAACAA